CCUCGUCCUCGACAUUGUAUCUAUUGAGUCGCCAUGUAUAUGCUGUGUAAUAGGUCGAACUCACUCCCUUGAUACUCACGGCAACCCAUUGACACCAACACAUAAGGCAAGACAAGCCUGCCUUCGCAGCCGCCGUCAGCAGCGACUGCGAUCCUUCCACUCCACUCCAUCAUUGCGCUCCUUGCGACAGUGGUUGCGUUGCACGAGCGGUUUUCAUAACACUGGUCCAAUGCGGUAGCAGUGAUUGGGAGUGGCGCAUAGCGUGCUUCCAUCAUGUUCAACCAACAACGCUCGGUGUCUCCACGCCUGAAGGCGAGGCAAGUCGACAGCUCAGGCUCGUCUUCCUCGGCAACAACAGCGAUCGUUGUCUCGGUCUCCUUUGUGAUUCUCCUCUCGACGUGCGUACUCAUAUACCUGGUUCUGCGGACAAUACGUAAGCGCACACGCAGCUCGAGGUACAUCCCUACGAGCUUUCUCAAGCGGAAAUGGGAGACUUGGAUACCGCGCAGCUUCUCGCCGCGCAAGAAGUACAGCAGCCAAUUACAAGACGAUGCUUCCGUGCCGACACUGCAUUUGAGGAGCGAGAACAGGAGCGCGCGGAACAGCACGCAGAACGUCUUGGACCUCGAGCGCACACAAGCGGCGAACACGGGGCAUGCGGAGGAGGACGAGACUACUGUGGGUGCAAUAGUGGACCGGCACACCAGCGUGCGGUCUGUCAUGACACUGCCCGCUUACUCCAGGUCUGUCCGGGCGAACGAACGUGUCUUAGGCAGAGAGGGCGAGAGGGCUGGCAUUGACGUCGUGCUCGAAGCGCCAGAGACCGCAGACGAGGAAGAAGAAAGAAGAGAACAAGAGAUGGAGAGUUUGUUUCAAAUACGGCAGCAAAGACGGCAAGAGAUUACCGAUCGAGAUGACAGGAGACGGCGAAGACGAGAAGCUCGAGCGAGGAACGACCGCGCCGAAAUCGAGCGCUUACGGCAGGAGAGCUUACGAGCGAUCGAAGAGCGUGAAAUCUCUGGAGCAGUGGCAAUGAUCGCUGAGCAUCAAGCGCGACCACGGGAUAGGAGAGUGAGCAGCGUCAGCUACGCGGAGCUUGGAGUGGCCAGACAUGAUGGUACCCGCGUCCGGGCCAAUUCCAGCGAGUCUCAAAGACCGCUCCUGGACUCUGGAGCAAGUAUCAGUGGUGGCGCGAGCAUAAGGCCGUGGUCGACGCAGGACUUACUUGGAGUACAUCGAAGGGACCGAUCCGCUGGAUCUAUCAUGACCGUCUCCGACGACGCUUCCGAUAUCGACAUGCCGCCUUUCGGCCGUGCGGGCAGCGACUACGAAGUGGUAACGCUAAACCAGGUCCAUUCACGCAAUGCAUCGCAGAAUGCGACACCGAGGCUAGGACGCAGUCGCGCAACAUCGAGCCUUGCGACACGGCCGUCCAUAGAUACGACGCAUACCGGCGAUCUAGGUGACGAGCGAAUCCCGCUGACCGAGCCGCCAGCCUAUGAGGGUGCCGGCUUCGAGGAGGCCCCGCCGUACACUUCUCCGGUCCAAGAGCGCCCGUCAGAAACACUGAGAGUUCCCGCACAGAAAGCAGCGAUUUCGCCGACAGGCGCACCACUACUGCCUGAGAUUGGCAGACUCCCGAGCAUUCGGAUAGCGCACGCCACUCCCACCGAGUCGAGUUCUUUGGAUGACUCUGCAUCGGCUAUGAGUCGUUGGUAGAUCUAAUCUUUCUUGCAUAUACCCGGCAUUUGUUUGAGAGGCGCACUCGCGGCGCUUUGUGAGGACCCUUUGAGCGCCCCUAGCAUGGUGGACCACUUAUUGACGGCUUGACGAGAUGUACACAUAGCACCAACACGUCUGCGUAAUGAGGGAAUAUCUGUGUCUGCCUAAUUUGCAAUAUAAUGCCUGCGUCAUCUGCAUUGUUGUGUUGGUCCUCAAGCGAAGUCUAUCGCAGCGU